GAAGAAGAAGAACGGAAGCGCAAUUGCGCACGCAUCUCCGAUUUGAAACAUGGUUGGCAUUUAGCAACAUCGUUUGCCUAAAUAGAUCUCUUACAAAUGUCGAAUUGGUCCAAUAUCAACAAUAUCAACAUUUGCCAUAGUGUGAGAACUGGAAAUAAACGUAUUAUUCUUUGCUCAUUGGCUAGCAAAAUUGUUUAAACAUAUUUACUUAAUCACGGCGAAUAAAUACUGGGCAGGACAGGAUGGCCAGCUGCAAUUUUCAGGAGCAGUUUGUAUCCAUUAUGGAAGUAUUAGCUAAAGCAGCAGUGGCAGAAAUAAACAAACGUGUAGAUGAUAGCUGUGCUGUUAUACGUUUGGAAAUGACCCAAAGCCAGCGAGAUAUUGAUGUACUGAAAAGGAAGUGUCAAAUGAUGGAGAGCGAGCUGAAGAAAACGCGCAGACGAAAAGGUUUUUACCCCGUGGCAUCAGAAAGAUCUUCAUAUCCAGUCAAGAUUGUUUUGAACAAGCAGAGGAGUAACUCACAGUGGAGAGACAGCAAGAUGGCUGUUGAAGGGGACUCUCAACCCCAUCCUACAGAUGUGGAGCAGAGAGUGGAGACUGAACCCAUACUGAUCAAAGAUGAGGAGACAGCAGAGGAUGUGUGGAAGACUAACCCUCAGGAAGAGCUCAGGAUCACUGGAGAGGAGUCUCGUUCCAAGCCUGGGAAACCACCAUCCUUUGAGCAACGGCACUGUGAUGAAGACUUCAUCACACAACCCAACUUAUCUCCCAGAGACUCAGUGGAACAUUACCCAAAUUCUGAUCGUCCAGAGGAACCAGGAACACCCCAGCUCACGUCUACAGAGGUGUUCAGCGCAGAGCAGCACCGGCCAGAUGAGGACUCACUAGACCUAGUGAUGGUGAAAGAGGAGGAGCUGGAUCAGACCACGACCCUGGCAGGUCCUGACCAGUUUGUUAUGGAUGAGUCUGAUGGGCAGCUGUGGACCUCUGUGGAUCCAGGCAGAGACACUGACCCUGAUGUCCACCCAGAUUUCUCCUUUCAUUCCACAGAAGAGUACUCUCAGAAUAUCUCAAUUUUCCCAUCUCAUAGUGGGCUGCCAUCCGUUUCUACUAUGACAGAUGAAGUGGGGCCAUCGCUUCACUCUUCUAUAUGGAAACCACAUGCUAACAUGUUCAGUGCUGCAAAACACAUGAAAAGACAUGUAGGGACAUUGGCUGAUGGGACUAGACAACAGAUGCCAGAGGGACAGAGCAGUGAGAUGCUGAACUCAAAUAAUGAAGGAAAUAGUUUAGCUCUACAGCCAAGGCAGCAUCAAUACAGGGCUUCAGAAGCAACAGUGAGAUUGAGUGAGUGCAUGACAGGGUCAAACAUGGCCACCACCUCCACCUUCUCUGGAUACAGCCUGAGUCGCAGUAGUUUUAACAUGGUGAAGAGAAUGAGGACUCAGUGGAGAUCAGGCGGCACCACCGAGAGGCGUUUCAGCUGCACCUUCUGUGGGAAGAGCUUCCCACGUUUCUGGCAGCUAAAAGAACACCUCCGGAGUCACACCGGAGAGAAACCGUUCACCUGCGAACAGUGUGGCAGGAGUUUUACCAAACAGUGCAACUUGAUCAGACAUGCUGUGGUCCACAGUGGAGAGAAGCCCUACGAGUGCACACAGUGUGGGAAAUGCUUCACUCAGCGCUCCAGCAUGAAGUCACAUCAGAGAACUCACACAGGAGAGAGUCCAGUGUCUCAAUACGUGGCACCUGCAUACCCAGGGGAUCCACACACAAGUUUAAUGUUGUCUCAGAACAGAUGGAACAAAUAGGAACAUAAUUGCAUUAUGCUUCGGAAACACUUUCAAUGUGAAAAUGUAGAUCAAUCAACACUACAUGCUAUCUUCUUCUACAAUAUCUGAUGUGCUUUCUUUUUGUAUCUAAUACCUCUACUGAUACACUCCCCUAUGUAUUUAUUUGGACAGUGAAGCUACAACUUUUAAUUUGUCUCUAUACUCCAGGAUUUUGGAUUUGAGAUCAAAUGUUUUAUAUGAGGCGAUAGUACAGAAUGUCACCUUUUAUUUGAGGGUAUUUUCAUACAUCUGUUUUACCGUUUAGAAAUUAAAGCACUUUAUGUAUCUAGUCCCCCCAUUUGAAGGUGGCAUAAGUAUUUGGACAAUUUCACUUAGUGUAUAAAAUUGUGUCAGAAGUUUAGUAUUUUGCCUCAAAUUCUUAGCACGCAGUGACUACAUCAAGCUUGUGACUCUACAAACUUGUUGGAUGCAUUUGCAGUUAGUUUUGGUUGUGUUCUGGAUUUUGGUGUGUCAUUUUGGAGUCACUUUUAUUGUAAAUAAGUAUAGGAUUUGUUUCUGAACCCUUCUACAUUGUAAACCCUACCAUGACUACGGAUAAUCAUAAAUUAAUCUUGAAUAAUGAUGAGUGAGAAAGUUACAGAGAUAAAUAUCAUGCCCCCAAAAAAUGCUAACCUCCCAUGUUAUUGGUAAUGGUGAGAGGUUAGCAUGUUUUGGGGGCAUGAUCUUUGCGCAUCUGUCACUUUCUCACUCGUUAUUCACAAAUUCAUUCAUGAUUAUCUGUAAUCAUGGUAGCCGCCACAUUAAUGUAGAAGUGUUCAUAUUCUUAUUUACAAUAAAAGUGACUCCAAAAUGACACAAUACAUUAUUUACCAUUAAUUUCUAUUGGGCACAACAUUAUCCGAAACACAACUAAAACAAACUACAAAUGCAUCCAGUAAGUUUGUAGAGUCAUGAGCUUGAUGUAGUCAUUGCAUGCUAGGAAUAUGGGACCAAAUACUAAACUUUUGACAAAAUGUAAUACUAACACUAAUGACACCUUCAAAUGGGGGGAGUAGAUGCAUGAGGUGCAUUCAUUUCUAAAAUGUAAAACAAAUGUAUAAAAAUACCCUCAAAGUAAAGGGUGACAUUCUGUAAUGUCGCCUCAUAAGACAUUUGAUCUCAAAUCCAAAAUGCUGGAGUAUAGAGCCAAAUGAUUUGUUUUUACUUCACUGUCCAAAUAAAUACAUAGGGGGGUGUAUGUGCCUUAAAAACCUUGUGAAGAACCUCUGAAUGUUAAUUAGCUAUAACACAUGUAGUAUACAAUAGUUAUUGGAAAUAUAUCAUGAAAUUAAGUUUAUUUGAAGUUUACAUGAAACUAGUUUAUCGUCCUUGUUCCCCAGCUAUGUGUCAAACAAGAUAUAUCCCAUUUCCUUGAAUAAAUACCAUACGACAUCUUCA